GAAAGAGUAACCUCAAAUUAUUAUUGCAACUCUGUCCACUUUGAGCCCAGGAGGUGCCUGCGAAGAAACUAAAUCCGGAUUCAUACUGAGGACGUGAUGGGAGUCACCCAUGGGAAGAAAAGAGAUCUCCAACAUUCUUCAGGGACACACCUGAAUGGGUCUGCCUCAUUAGUGCAGACACACCAAACUGAACAGCAAGACCGAUGCUCAGAGUUUCGGGUUCCUCCAUCCCAUCUCCAGAGUGAGGAGGAGAGCAGUGAUCUCAUCAAACCCCAGAAACCUCUCAAUCCUUUAUCGGCCUCCAGGAGUCACCAGGAGCUCCACAAAGAACUGCGGAUGACCCACAAGAGGAGAGUGACUCAGGAAGGAAAGACUGAACUCCAGAGAGCUUUAGAGAAGAGGAGAUGGGAACAGAGGACGAAAGCGAGCAGGGAUCAGGAGGAGGCGAAGAAGAACAGAUCACCACUUCAUCAGGAGCUGCUGAAAAGACAUCAGAGGCUAGAAAAGCUGGAGAGAGACAAAGGACAGCAGCAAGAGCGUGACGGGCCAGAGUUCCUCCAAGUUAAAGAGAGACUGAGAAGAACUGCAAUGUUGGAUGCAGGAGGAGAAGUGUGACACUUAUGAUUUGUGAUCGUAUGUGCAUGUUUUCUGUUGAUGGACUG